ACUCCUAUGAAUAGAAUCAUUUAAGAAGAAGAAGAACUUGUAAGAGGAAUUAAUUACUGUUUUCAAAUCGUACGAUUAUUAAAUAACUAAAUAGUGCUGAGCGCACAGUUGAUAUAAAAUUCAUUUGCUGUAUGUGCAAAUGUCAGAUAUACACAGGAGUCUUAACUAACUUGCCAGGGCACAUAUAUUUUUUUAGCGAGCGCAUAUUGCAAUAUUCAAGUUUCAUAUGUACAUAUGUGUAUGUAUGUGUUUGUCCAUAUGUAUAUAAAAAUGUAUAUUAAAGUACCUCAAUACGACGUACAUAAUUCUCAUAGAAUCCGACGAACAGAUUAAUCGAUCACAGAGUUUGAGACAGACAUCAUUGCAGAAUUUCAGAGUACGAGUCCAGGUGGUAUAGAAUAAACAUAUGGGUGACGGAAUAUGUAUACGGAAAAUAUCGUAUGUAAAUGCCUAAAAAUAACAAAAGUCUGGCUUGCAUAAAUUUAAUAGGUGGUGAAUUCAUAUAUAAAAUCGCCAGCAGUGCGAUAUUAUUUGAAGCAUGAACACUGCGGAAGGCAACCAAAGCAAUCAGCCGCAUAAGAGCAAUGAGUCCCAUUCGGAAGAUUAUGUGCUCCAUGUGCAUAUGCCCAACAAGAGUUUCAAAUCGAUUGCGUUCAAUAAAAAUGAAACGGUAUUCCACAUAAUUAAGAAAACAGUCGAGGAGUUUGGAAAAGAUGGUCAACCACCUCCAAGCAUUCAGCGUUAUGCAUGUCGCAUGUUAAAUGUGAUUACCAAAGAAGUACUAUGGUUAGCGCGGACAACGUUAAUGGACAAGGUGUUGUCGCACAUACUCUCACCGGGAUGCUCCAAUAUCGAUUGUCCCAACAACGAUCCGAUAAAAGCAAACCUAACAGAAUGCAAGGGCACGCAUCAAGGACGACGAUCUGUGACCACAGGAGUGUGGCGUGUGGAGCUGCGAGUACGCUAUGUGCCCCACAGGAUUCAAGAUCUCUUCGACGAAGACAAGACAACUUGCUUUUAUUAUUUUGAUCAGGUAAAGGACGAUUAUAUUCAAGCGAAUCUGACCGCUGUUGACGCCGAUUUAGCCGUACAACUUUGCUGUCUGGGCAUACGUCAUUAUUUCAAAAAUAUAACGCUUAAGGCGCCCGAUAAGAAGCAACACAUCGAUUAUAUAGAGAAAGAAAUUGGAUUUAAAUGUUUUAUUCCGCAAUCUGUGAUAAGCACAACAAAACCAAAGAAUCUAAAGAAAAUGAUCCAAGUUGGAUACAAAAAGGUCUACAAUUACAAUGACAUUGAGUACUUGACGAAGUUCUUCCAUCUGCUGAAAAACUUUUUCCUAACCGAUUUUGAACAAUUUUCGGUUACCUUGAGCUCUGCUUGGAACAUAUCUGGAAUUCUACACGUUGGUCCGCAUAUUGGAAUCUCUUACCAGACACAUCCUCAAGCAAGUUUAAGGAAUGUAGCUCAGUUCAAGGAUGUUGUUGCUAUUAAAACCUGCGCUCUCCCAAAGGAAAAAUUACUCAUCGAAGCGGAGCAACAAAAUUUAAAUUGCAAUUGUCAAAAGAUCAAAACGCAAAUCAAAAUUUCUGCAUCGAAUAUUGCGGAACCAUUAAUAAUAACGUGCAACGGGGUUAACACUGCUGAGAGUAUUGCUGAUCUUAUUGAUGGCUAUUGCCGACUAUUAACGAAAGAUCUGGGAUUUACAAUAUGGCAACGCGAAUCAAGUGUAAACACUGCUGAUAGCUCCACAAAAACAAGCAACGAUCAACCAACUACGUCAUCCCCUAGUAAAAGUAAACCUAUGCUAACAGAUGAUUACGCUGAAAUAGGUUUAUUAGAAGGCGAAGGGGAUUAUUCCACACCCACAGUGCGCAACUACGAGCUGGAUCGAUCUCAAAUAGUACUUAGUGCGAAAAUUGGUGUUGGGCAAUUUGGAGACGUUUAUGUUGGAUCGUACACAAUACCAAUAUCAGCUAAAAAGAUUAAGGCCAAUGAGAGUGAUCAAAGCAAUAGCGAUGCCAAAUAUGAUGUCAUUCAGGUUGCUGUUAAAACCUGUAAAGCCAAUGACGACCCAGAAAAGACAGAAAACUUUCUUGCCGAAGCAUAUAUAAUGCAAAAAUUCGAUCAUCCGCACAUCAUAAGAUUGAUUGGUAUUUGCAGUAUCAUGCCCAUUUGGAUAGUUAUGGAAUUGGCCAAGCUUGGCGAGUUGCGUGCGUACUUAAAGACAAACAGUGAGAGAUUGACACACGGAGUUUUACUUAAAUAUUGCUAUCAGUUGGCAACGGCACUCAGCUACUUGGAAUCGAAGAAGUUUGUUCACAGAGACAUUGCCGCGCGAAAUGUUCUUGUGAGCACGCCCACUUGUGUCAAGUUGGCUGAUUUUGGUUUGUCGCGCUGGGUUUCUGAUCAAUCAUAUUAUCACUCGACACCCACAGUUGCGCUCCCCAUCAAAUGGAUGUCACCCGAGUCAAUCAAUUUUCGUCGAUUUACGACUGCUAGUGAUGUCUGGAUGUUUGGUGUUUGUAUUUGGGAGAUUCUGAUGCUGGGCGUCAAACCCUUUCAAGGCGUGAAAAACAGUGAUGUUAUCACAAAGCUCGAGAAUGGAGAGAGGUUGCCUUUGCCACUCAAUUGUCCGCCCAGAUUAUACUCACUGAUGUCACAGUGUUGGGCCUACGAACCGCUGAAGAGGCCGAACUUUAAGCGUAUUAAGGAAACACUUUUUGAAAUUUUAUUGGAAGAUAGCAUCAGUUCGUCCGAAACUAUGAGGCGAGAGCACCGUCGUGUUGCAGGCAUUUCUUGGCUUGGCGACGCGGACAACGACAUUCCUCCAUUAAAGCCAUCUCGAACAGUAAAUGAUACUGAUAUGCCAAGCUUAAUGAAUGUCAACGAAGAAAAUAGGACUGUACCGCAGACCUAUAUUAUUGCCCAAAAUCCUGCAGUCCUUGCCCGACUAAUGAUGGAGAAUCAAAAGCGUGGCAUAAAUCCGGCGGCCUACACAACCCCAGCUUCGGUAUUUAAUACUUUAGCCGUAGGAAUCGAUGUCACUAAAUCGAAUCAUUCGCUUAAAACAACUAAACUCCCUGCAGCCGAGCUCCUUAAACUUGAUCCUGUAGCUGAUUCAGAGAAACAGCAAAACAAAUUUCCAACCAAUAGCCCCUCUUCUCAAAAUCUUAAUCCAUCUACAUCAUCAUCUGUCAGUAGUUCAUUUGAUUCGACUUCUAUGCCAGCUAAUUUCCAUCCCAAGAAUAUUAAGCCUCAGGUAUCCGGAUUAUCGUCCGAGCAUUUGCCACUUAAAAAUAAUUUCAUUAUCUGUGCACCACAUACGGAAAAUGACUUUCAUAUGGAUCAAAUGCAGGGAUCAACGGCUCGGCUUCCUACAGGCUACAGUUUAUAUGGCAGUCUCGAAAGGCACCAGGUACCACCAAUGGAGAAGGCUUUGCACUCAAAGGGUGGCAGUUUGGAGCGUCAUCAAUCUUUAAUGGCAGCUCAAAAUAUGAUAUUCCAUAAGCCACCCAUCAAUUUAUCGGAUCGUUCCAGGAGCAUAGAACGCAAAGGCAUAUUCCACACAUAUCGUCAACAAAUGAAAGCAUCAAUCGAAUGCGAAUCGCUGCCAGAAGAGAUAUAUGACUUUGGUGGCGUCGGCCUUAAAACCUGUGUGUCUGUGAAAAAGAACAGCGAAGCCAGCGCAAUUCUACAUCCAUCCACAAUGAGUUCGUAUCAAACAGUGCCGGAAGUGCAGCAAAACAGCUUUGGCAUAGAAUAUGCAAUGCAUGACACAGAUGAUAUUCCACGCAAAUGGGAGCGCCAAUGGACAACGCUUCCUCCCCAGCUCCAGGUUGAACUCAAGGACGAAAUUUUGGAAGGAGCCACUUGCAUGCAACUAAACACUGAUGUGGCAAAUCAGAGCAUUCCCCAACCAAUUAGCGAAAAACUAUGGCAACAACGCAAGGACAGCAAUAGCGAUGGUGAAUGGCUAUAUCAAGAGGAAUUGGUCAGGAAGCGUUCGAGCCCAACGCCAGCCGAUGUUAUGCUAAAACAUCAAUCGUUUAAAUCGGAUUCGAUAUUGGGUGGUCCGACAAGCUUACCUGAUUGUUCGAGUGCGAACACGAGGCCAAAGAUACCUAAUCCAAAUGUUUAUCCACUUAAGUUAAAUAACUCGUCAUCUGAUUACUUAAUGUCGUCUUUAGCGACAACAGAGGACACUGCAAAGUCUCGAAAUAGUGAAAAUCAAGAUGGAAUCCGACCCGUAAAUCGUGCAAAUGAUGAGGUCUACUGUGCUACCACAGCGGUGGUAAAAUCAAUAAUGGUGCUUUCGCAAGGUGUGGAAAAAUCGCACGUCGAUGGCUACUUGAGUUUAGUCAAGAAUGUUGGAGUGGAGCUGAGAAAUCUACUUAAAUCAGUCGAUAAUAUUUCUAUAUUGUUUCCGCCGCAAGCUUUAAAAGAAGUGGAGAUGGCGCACAAAGUUCUAUCCAAAGACAUGCAUGAGUUGGUCUCAGCCAUGCACUUAGCACAUCAAUACAAUGAUACUACGCUGGAUAAUGAAUAUCGCAAGAGUAUGCUAUCUGCUGCACACAUCUUGGCCAUGGAUGCUAAGAAUUUAUUUGAUGUGGUCGAUUCAAUAAGGAAUCGUUAUCAAUCGUUCUCAACGAAAAAUGUAAAGAAGCUUGCUCGAAAAGAAUCAAGCGGAUCAUUAAUCUGUGAAUCUGUUCAAUUGGCUUCCGAUAUUGCUAUUGCCGACGAGCCGGUGAACACCAUUGGUUGCAGUGUUGCUGACAUCAGUCUAUAUGAUAAUGAGAAUCUACAGCAAGGCUUCAACACACAACAUUUACAGACGGCACACAGCAGUGGUAUUGUUGGUGACGGAAUAACUCAAAGCAGCUUACACAGACCAAAUGAUAUAAGCCAUGAAUCAAAUGAACCCUUAAAAAUAAUAGAAGACACGUUAAAUAACGCAGCUGAACAUAUGUAUUGUAACACUUCCGCCUUACAUGGCCAUGCAUAAAUUGUAAACUACUAAUUUUCCUAAACUAUCCUGUGCUUAAAUUUCAUACAAAUAAUGUCCACUUCUAAACUUAAAAAAAAAAGCUAAUUUUCUGUGUAUAUAACAAACCAAAAUACGUAUAUGUCAUCAAUCAUGUGCUUUUUUCAUAAAUGCGCAAUUCAUCUCAAGAACUCAUACUUACUUACAUAUACCACAUACAUAUAUUGAAUGUUCAUCAAAUGUGAAGAACAUUCAACGUCGGCCGGCCGCAGUUCAUUAUUAAAUCGUCAAGUAGUCAAAAAUAUUUCUAAGAUAUAAAAUAUGUUUAUGUAAUUACAAAAAAAAAAUUAAUAGUAAAAAUCUGUGAAACAAUUUGUACUUAUUUGUAGAUACAGAUUAUUAUUAACUCUCUAACUUUUAACAAUUUAUUUUCAAAUCUGCCCAAAGCAUUAUUUCGUCCACUGGAACUUAAUUGGGGAGGAUUUAAGAUUAAUAAUGAUUUUAUGGCUACUUCUUCAAACGCAUCAGUAGAGUUCCAAUUUCCAAGCUCAAUGUGUAGUCAAAGUUUAUAGCUGCUACUUUCUGAUUAGAAAGGGUUUUUUGAAAAACUUUUGUAUACAGAGCUCAUUUGUUCAAAACUUCCACCAGUUUCCACCGAUGUCGGGGUCACAUAAAAGACGCUUCUUACGUGUUUUAUUGGCAGUUUAUUUUUCAGAAAAUAAUAAAUAGCUUUUGUAAAAAAGUUAGCAUAUCUCUUAAAUUGUAACAAGCAAGGCUUUUUUUUUAAAUAGGAUAUGGGUAUGCUUGCAGAACUUAUUAAUUUAAUUAAGGCAUCAAAU